CUUCCUCUCCCUCUCUCUUCAUAUCCAUCGCUCUCACAAUUCCAUCCCCUACUUGCAAGUGUUCUUUCCCUUCAGCUCAGCCCUUGUUCAUUUUCCUUACGUCUUUCCUGUCUUUUGAAGAAUUACUCGGCACACAAUGGCCAAGAAGAGCUUCAUUGAGCUUCGAGAAGCCGCCUUGGCCCAUCGUCCAGCCUCCCAGACCGGGCCGCUCCCCGACCAUGUCUAUUCCACGCAAGCAACCACGGUAUCAGCCUCUUCUUCCGCUUCUUUUGAUCCAGCCGUAUAUUCCAAGCCCUACUGUGAUUUCAUGACCGCCAAUCCGACCAUCUUCCAUGCCGUUGACGCCUUCACCGCCCAGCUCGAAAGCAAAGGGUACAAGCGCCUGCACGAGCGCGAAUCCUGGACGAACAAGCUCGUGCGUGGCGGGAAAUACUACUGCACUCGGAAUUCGAGCGCCUUCAUCUCCUUCUCUGUUGGCAAGGAGUACAAGAGCGGAAAUGGCGUUGCGAUUGUGGCUGGACACAUCGACGCCCUCACCGCCAAGCUGAAGCCGGUGUCGAAGCUGCCUACGAAAGCUGGGUUCGUGCAGCUCGGCGUGGCGCCGUACGCAGGAGCCCUAAACGAAACGUGGUGGGAUCGAGAUCUAUCGAUCGGCGGGCGAGUUCUUGUACGCAGCCCCAGUAGUGGCAAGAUCGAGUCCAAGCUCGUGAAGCUCGACUGGCCCAUCGCGCGCAUUCCUACUUUGGCACCGCACUUCGGCGCCCCGAGCCAGGGCCCCUUCAACAAAGAGACUCAAAUGGUCCCUAUUAUCGGCGUCGAUAACUCGGAUCUCUUCUCUACCUCCUCCAAUACCCCUUCCGCCUUCCAACCCGGUAGCUUCGCGGCGACGCAGCCUGAGAAACUCGUCCAGGUCAUCUCGCGCGAACUUCAGAUCAAAGACCCCAACACGAUCGUCUCCUGGGAACUGGAGCUCUACGACAGUCAACCGGCCCAGCUUGGCGGCUUGGAGAAAGACCUAAUCUUUGCGGGUCGCAUCGAUGACAAACUCUGCUGCUACGCGGCGCAGGAGGCCCUUCUCGCUUCGCCAGACACCACCUCACCGGCUUCAAUCAAGAUGGUUGGUAUGUUCGAUGAUGAGGAAAUUGGCAGUCUUCUGCGCCAGGGUGCGCGGUCCAACUUCAUGUCCAGCAUUAUCGAGCGCAUCACCGAAGCUUUCGCCGGCUCCCCGUCUUCUUUUGGUCCCAACCUCCUUUCGCAGACCGUCGCCAACAGCUUCCUCGUCUCCUCCGACGUCAUUCACGCCGUCAACCCCAACUUUUUGAACGUCUACCUUGAGAACCAUGCCCCGCGUCUCAAUGUGGGUGUCGCCGUGUCCGCCGACUCCAAUGGCCACAUGACUACCGACAGCGUCAGUCACGGCUUCAUGAAGCGUGUUGCCGACAAGUGCGGCUCCACUCUCCAGGUCUUCCAGAUCCGUAAUGAUUCCCGCAGCGGCGGGACAAUCGGCCCCAUGACCAGUGCCCGCAUCGGUAUGCGCGCGAUCGACAUGGGAAUACCCCAGCUCAGUAUGCACAGUAUCCGGGCUACCACGGGCAGUCUGGACCCUGGUCUGGGGGUCAAAUUAUUCAAGGGUUUCUUUGAUUACUUCGAGGAAGUGGAUGCGGAGUUUGCGGCCUUUUAGAUUUAGAUGAGGAGAUGGGUCGAGAUGGUUCUUAGAUGUGUGUGGUGAAAUUUGCCAGUUUUGGUUAGAAGAGCAUUCGUCUCAGCUUGUCCAAAUUAGAGAAUCUUGUCAGAGAGUUGCAGGGUGAAGAGGUGUAAAGCAUAACACAGUAAGCAAACAUUGCUUGCUUCACUAGUCACAAGA